GGCAUUGUCAUGUGUUUAUCUCGUGUUCUUUUCGGUGCCAUAUAUUAAAAUGUCAACAUUGACACAUUUUAAAUGUGUAUUACUUUCUAAGGGCACCUUAUACAAGUUUAAAAUGUUGUUUGUUUAAAUGCGAUCCUAAAACUAUCUAUAGCAACAACAACAAUUCAAAUUUACCGUAGAAGAAGCAGAUUCAGGAAGAAGGAAGGCGAGCUGGACUCAGAAAGUUGGACAACGAGCUAUAUUUACAAUUUAUUUACAUCACUUGCACCAAUUCGCUAAAGGAAGACGGAAACUUUUCAAUAUUAACUACGUUUAUCAAGUUUGCGGGUGUUGACAAUCACGUUCAUCGUGAGUUAAAAGCCAGCUCGAUAGUUCUACCCUAAAACAUCAUCUUCCUACAUUCAAGUAUCUCCUGUAUUAGAUACUCUUCCCAUAGGGAUGGAAUAUGGCAUCUCCUGAGACACAGCUGAUGCUAAGUGUUGGAUUGAUUGAGAAGGAUGUCAACGCAGACACCUUGUGGGUUUGGUGCUACCCAUCUGUCAAACCAGAGUUGCGGGAGGUCUUGCUCAGCAAGUGCUGUCUGACACAAGGCAGAAAAGGGUUACACACUUUUGUUUUUGGCCAGUUCUGCCGAACCUGGUACUACAUAUCCACUGUCGAAGUGCAAGAACCCACUGCCCUUAAAAAGGUCACCCAUUUUUCAAUGGUUGUCACAUCUAAAGACUUCAACCCUGAAAAGUAUGCAGCAUUCAGCAGAGUACUAUGCAGGAUGUACAUCAAACAUGGCAGCCCAGUGAAAAUGAUGGAGGGGUACAUUGCAGUCCUCACCAAAGGCAUUUGCCAGAGUGAUGAGAAUGGCUCCUUUCUUAUAAAAGAUUAUGAUGUCAGAAAGGCAUACUCUGCAGGCUCAAUUAAGGAUGUGGUGUCCCAGUUUGGGAUGGAGACCAUCAUACUGUACACAGCCCUUAUGCUGAAGAAAAGGAUUGUGGUCCAUCAUCCACGUGUUGAAGCACUUUUGGAGUUCACAAGAGUUCUUCCAGCCUUGAUGUGGCACCGAAAAGACUGGUCCAUUCUGCACCCCUAUGUCCACCUGAGUGACAUUGAGCUUGAAGAUUUGAAGAUGUGCACAGGAUAUGUUGCAGGAUUUGUUGAUUCCGAAGUCAGCAACAGAACCGAUUUGUUUGAUGUGUAUGUGAACCUCCCAGACAGCGAGAUCACAGUAUCUCAUAAUGCCAAAGAAGCCUUGGCUAUGGGGAAGUUGCACAAGGACAUUGGCCAAUUCAUUGUUCAGUCAGCAGAGGAUGCCGACAGAACAGAUGGGCAGGUUAUCAAGGACAUUUCUGUGAAGACAAGAGAGAUCCUUACCAAUCUUGUGGCCCUUGCUGACGAGUCGGACAACUCAAAAAUCACCCUGGACACUUUAAAGCGUCAUCACCUCCCACCUGCAACCGAGAACUUCCUGUUUCACCUGGCAGCUGCUGAGCAGCUCCUGAAGAUAUGACCACCUGUCUUCCUUUACUUAACUACUGAAUGCAAUGUCUCCUAAUAUCAGCAUGGGCAUUCGUCAAUGUGAGAAUACAUUGUGAACAAGUACUACGGACAUCAUUUUUCUUUCCAAACUCUUGAAUUCCUUAGACAAGCAAAUAUAAUGUUUUAGCUUUCAAAGAAGAGUAGCAGAUCCUUACAGUCAUAUCGAUGUAUUUAGUGCAAGUGAUGUCAUAGUGGAAUGUGGCUAUUUCAUUGAUCAUUCGAGUAAUAAUAAUGUGCCUACACUGUAGGUAUGAGCAACAUUCAUGCUUAAUCACCUGCUAGUCCCCCAAGCACAGAAAUGCAACACUGCAGUGAAAGGACAGUCUUGAAAACAAGGAUGUACCUCUAAACAUUCCAUAUACCUUUGAUUAUCUUAUGAUAGAAAUGUUUUAGAAAAUAUAUGGAUAAUGCAUAUUUUGCUACAUAUUUGGCCAUUGCAUACCGUAUGCAAUUAUCAUUACUUUCUUACAAUUAUAUACAUUAAGUAAUGUUUGGAAAAGUAAAUUGCCAAAAGUGUCAUAACCAAUCUAAUCCUCACACAGCCUGUUAAUCACUUAUUCACUGCUCGUGAUUGUUAAAAUUAUGAUUGUUUGUUAAAAAUGAAAUUUGGUAUGUGCUUUGUGCAGAA